AUGGCGUUCCCUUUUAAACAUUCAAAGAGAGGGUUUGAUCGAAAUCCUUUGGAGCAGAAUGGAAAAGGAAAAUGGCAAAAGACUGCACAUUUAGGAGCACAGCAGAAUCAGUUGAAGGCAGCUCCUGGAGCCACUGUCUUUCGUAUUCUUUGUCCUGCAUCGAAAUCUGGCAGUGUGAUUGGCAAAGGUGGUGGGAUUAUCACUAAGAUCCGUCAGGAGACUGGUGCGAAAAUAAGAAUUGAAGAAAUCGUUCCUGGAUGUGAAGAGAGGGUUGUGGUGAUAACAGGCCCUGAUAGAGAGAUUGAAGAUAGGAAGGAAAACGCAAAGAAAGAUGAUGCGUACAUUGAUGAUGCUGAUGAGGAUGAUGACGCGAAUGAAAGUGACGAUAACCUCAAGGUAAAGGAGAAUCCUCGGCAGGAGGUUUCACAGUUGGACAGAACAACAUCGGCUGCGCAAAAGGCUUUGUUGCUUGUUUUUGAGAGGAUCGCUGAAAGUGAUCCAGAGUCUGAUUCUGUAGAUGAUGAAAGUAAAAAGUCAUCUAUUGUUGCGCGUGUACUUGUCUUAUCCAGCCAAGUUGGGUGUAUUCUGGGAAAGGGUGGAAGUGUGGUCAAGCAAAUGGCAUCAGAAAGUGGUGCUCAGAUUCGUAUUCUACCUAGGGACAAGGUUCCUGCAUGUGCUUCAACCCUAGAUGAACUGGUACAGGUAGGGUCGGCUAUUAUCUAAACGGUUGUUACAUUUUGUCCAUCGCCCAAUCAAAGUGGUGUGGUCUCUUUAUCCCUUCACCUAUAUAAAAGGGACUGCUUAGGCUAUUGAUCUUGUUUACGGUUAAUGGUUGAAAACGUUUACUGCUCACUCAUUUUCGAUUUUGAUUCAGAUGUUUUCUUUCCUACAAUUUCAGGGAAUUUCUCAAUUCUUGAUACUUAGCUGCCAAAGCAUUGUAUCUAUAUUUCAUACUUGCCGAGACAACAAUGUUUUUCUUAGCACCUGCACUCUUCUAGUUUCCUAGGUUUUUUGUGUAAUAAGCUCUAUUGUAUACAUUUUCAGAUCACAGGAAGUAUUGAUGCAGUAAGAAAAGCGCUGCAGUCUGUUUCUCAGCAGCUUCUUGAAAAUCCACCCCGUGAUCGUGAUCUCCUACUUCAGGACAAAGUCCCUGGACCAUCAUCUCAUCAUUUUGCACCCCUCCCCCAGCUGGGUAUACCACGGAGUGAAGUUUUUCCACCUGCAAAUUACCAUUUCUCGGAUCAAGGGCCACCUUUCUCUUCUAGACCCCACGACAUGGUUGACUAUCAUCCGCGCAUGGGCCCAUCUAUUUCCAAGUUCCAAGAUAUGUCUGGACCUGCUAAAGUUCCGGUUUCCCCAGAGAUACUCACAUUUCAGUUAAUAUGUAGCUGUGACAAGGUCGGCAGUGUGAUUGGAAAAGGUGGAAGUAUAGUUAAAGUGAUCCAAAGUGAAACUGGUUCUGAAAUCAAAAUUGUUGAGACGACCCCAGACUCGGAGGAUCGAAUCGUAGUUAUCAGUGGCCCAGCGGUAAUUAUUGUUUGGAGUCUCUCUCAUGUUCUUAUUUCUUCUCCAAAGAUGGAGAUGCUAUAUGUGCUGCUUCCUUGAUUUUCCGUUUUCCUGUGUUUCUAUUAAACUGUAAGGAAUGGUCAGAAUAAUUAAACUGUUUUGUCCAGUGGCGACGUAUGGUCAGAAUAAUUGUAAGGAAUGAUCCAAUAGCUAGGGAGUGGUGACCACUGUGGUUGGAUUUGCAAAUUCUGAUAUAAAAGUGUUCUCUUUCUCUUGCUCUCCUGAUUAGUUUGUUUCUUUUUGUCUUUAACUUGGUGAGAUAAGCGGGGGUUUCGUUUAAAUAAAUGUCGCUUGGCUUAUUUGUUUCCAUAAUGAAAAUAUUGCUUUUGUCUUUCUGAGACGAUAGAUUGGUCUUUGCAGCAUCCAGAGGAUAGGAUUUCUCCAGUACAAGAUGCCAUUCUUCGUGUGCAGAACAGGGUUGUGAUGGCUGUGCCUGAUGAUAAAGAGAACACAGUUUCAGCGAGAAUCAUUGUGUCUUCCACUCAAACUGGUUGUCUUCUUGGCAAAGGGGGUUCUAUAGUAGCAGAAAUGAGGAAGUUUUCCGGAGCACAAAUCCGUAUUUUGAGCAAGGAUCAAGCUCCUAAGUAUGCUUCUGAAAAUGAAGUUGUUGUUCAGGUAAAUAGGCUUUAUCACAGGCUUUAUUCUGCUUACAUGUUUUCCCUGUUUUUGACCAGAACGAGAAUGUUUGGUUGUAUCUGUUGUGAUUAUGUGAUGCUUAUAUUCUUUGUCAGGCAACUGGGAAAUUUGAGGCUGUCCAAGAGGCUCUUUUGCAAAUAACGUCGAGACUGAAACAUAAUAUUUUCAAUGAAAAAUAUUCUUCUGGUCAUCCUGCCUUUGUCGAUCAAGUUCCACCGUUCUCACCCUUCAUGGGAAGGAGAGAUCGAUCACCACCUGGACCUCGCUCCAAUUUUUUCCAACCCUUUCAUAAAUUUGAUCCUAUUGGAGUUCUUCCUCACGAUGAACGAUCUGCUUUUCCUCGUACGCACUAUACAUCAGGAUUUCCCAACCACGGUGGUGAAAGAAUACCUUCUGCAUCGUGGGGAGCCAAGGUAUGAUUCUCAUUUGUAUAGUGUAUGAUAUUUCAACGCUUAAUCAUCUUGCAGAUUACAAAAUAGGGGACAAUAAAUGUUGCAAAAUAUUGCGUUAUGUCAGACCCUCCAAUAUCAGACCCUAAUCCUAAUUGAGUACGUUAUUUCCCCAUAAAUAUCGCAUGGUAUUUGAUUUAUGGUGCGUUGUAUAUCUCUCCGAACUUAAUUAUCAAAUGGUUCUUAAUUACUUUAUUAUGUGCCAUCUCGCGAUAUGCAUUUGGUAGGUAGGUGUCCUCCUUGUUAGCCAUAUCAUGAAAUAAAUUUACACCGAGAUGUUUUUUAUGGUAAUCUUCUGUUCAUAUUGGCUUUAAUAACGAGUUUUUUCUGUACGUUUUCUUGAAAAUGAUUUAAAAUUAUGAUUCUGAAAUAUUGCGACUUAUAUAUGUAUUCGACCUUUGUCCGCUGUCAUCAUCUAGAUCUCUAACUUUGGAAAACACACACAAUUUGACUAUGUCACUCCAUCCAAUCUGAUAAUAUGCUGUCUUAAUUGAUGCUUAUAGGGCAUAAGCAGUGGAGAUGGUUCAGUUGGUGUAGAUGACUAUGGAGGAGCUUCAAAACGACGAUUUGGUGGAUUUUCAGGGUCAGUUUAUAUCUGAGUUUUCACCCACACAAAAAGGCAAAAAGGAUCACAAAUGUAGUUUUGAUUGUUCAGGGUCAGUAUCAUUCUACUGCCCUCAUGUUUUGGAUGGAUACUGAGAUCCAGUUUAAUCUCUGUUAUCCACCCAGAGGAAGAGCAGAAAAUAGUGGGCUGACUCUACACAUGCGAAUAAUUCUUUGAACAAGGAUAACAUCUUUGUUCCUCGCAGCCUAUUUCUGGUCCUUGUACUUGGUUAGUGACCAGGGAUGGAUCACAAUUGUUUAAAGACUGUUGCAUUAGAUUGGUCUGUAAAAUAGGGUUAUCACGUGUAAAAAAUUUAUGGAUCGGUUCUUUGUCUUGAGAGAUAAUCGUGAAGUCAAACAUACUUCUUGCUGUAUGUGUUUUUAUUUGUAUGCAUAUGCAAAAAUAUGUGUAUUUUAAGGCUAACAAAAUCUGUGCAUCGAUUAUUAAAUUUUAGCUCAUCAUAUGUUGUGCUCUUUAUGGUUUUUUAAUGCAGCGGAAACCAGCCAGGUAGAAUCCCAAAAACAACCAUUGACGUACUUAUUCCUCGUGCACUUGUUCCUGUUAUACGUGGAGAUGAUGGGGGAUGCCUGAAACAGAUUUGCCAGGUUGGCCUUUGAUAUAUUUAAUAUACUUCUAUCCUAGCAUUUUGCGGUUGGUAUUUAUUCCUGAUCUUUAACCGUAAUCAGAUAUCUGGAGCAAAUGUUACUAUCACUGAUCCUAGACCUGGAGCAUCUGAGACUGUUAUUAUAAUAUCCGGAACACCUGACCAGACCCAUGCUGCACAGAGUCUAAUCCAGGCAUUUGUACUGAGUGAGUCAAGAUCAUCUUGA